AUGCCGCGGCCCCGCUCCAGGCGCGGCUCGGUACCUGAGGCGCUCCCGGCUCCGCCGUCCGGGAAGCUGCGGCGGCCCGGAGCCCCCGGCCCGGCCCUUCCCGGGGCCCGGAGCGUGUCGGGGCCCCCGGCCCGGCCCUGCCCCCGGCCGGCCCGGCGGCUCCGGGGGUCCCGGUGGGGCCCGGAGCGAUCGGGGCCGGGCCGGGCCCGCCGGAGCAGCGACACCGCCCGCGCCGCCGCCAGGGGGCGCCGGGGGGCGCCGGGGGCGGAGCAGGAGGGGCGGGGCUUGGGCUCCGUUCGCUCGCGUCCUCCGGAGCAGGGCGGGACGGCGGCGGCCGGCGCGGGGCUGGAGCGGGCGGCCGAGCCCGGAGCGGCGGAGCGCGGGGCCCGGAGCGCCGGGAAGGGGCAGCUGAUGUCCCUGCCGAGCCCUGCAUGGCCCCAGCAGGACGAGCCCUCCCCGUGUGGCACCAGCACCGGCCUCCCCCCGGCCUCGUCCGACAGCGAUUCCGGCUGUGCCCUGGAGGAGUACCUGGAGCCCCCCGCGGACCCCGCGCCCCCCGAGGUCCCGCCGUGCUUCGGGCCCCGCGCGCCCCAGCCUGGCUCUCCCUCUGACAGGACCCGGCUCCGAGCCAGAGCCCUCCUGCAGCAGCUGCCUCCUCAGGACUGCGAUGAGCGGUACUGCCCCGACCUCGCCGAGGAGGAGCGGCGCCAGCUCCGCGCCUUCAGCGCCCGCCGCAGGCAGGAGGCUCUGGGACAGGGCCUGGCGUGUCCCGUGCCGGGUCCCUGCCACGGCUGUCCCUGCAGGAAGUGCGGCCGGAGGCUGAACAAAGGGGACCCGGGGGUUUCGGCGUCUCGCCUGGGCGACCAGUUCUGGCACCCGUCCUGCUUCUCCUGCCACUUCUGCCACCAGCAGCUGGUGGAUCUCAUCUACUUCCAGCAGGAUGGGAGGAUCUACUGCGGCCGGCACCAUGCCGAGCUCUUCCGACCCCGCUGUGCCUCCUGCGACCAGCUGAUCUUCAUGGAGGAGUGCAUCGAGGCCGAGGGCCGGCGCUGGCACCUGGAGCACUUCUGCUGCCUGGAAUGCGACGAGCCCCUGCGCGGGCAGCGCUACGUGAUGCGGAGCGGCCGGCCCUGCUGCCGGGGCUGCUUCGAGAGCCUCUUUGCCGAGCCGUGC